UGGUUUCUGAUGCCCCCUCCUCUCCAUCCCUUGCAGUCUCCAGACCACAGACUUCCCCCGAGGACCUGAAGGCGCUGAUGGGGAACGUCAACCGCCUCAACGAGAGCUUUCGGGACAUGCAGCUGAAGCUGCUGCACCUACCUCUGAAGGCGGACGUGCUGGAUCACAUCUGGAGGCUCCAGGACCUCUUGCAGAACCAUUCAGACUCCUUGUUCCUCAUGACGGGGUCACUGCAGAAGCUGGAAGGGCUUCUCUGGAGCCUGCAGACCCAGGCCAGCCAAACCGACAAGGCAGUGUCCAACCUCUGGGACAGCUUGACCCAGCAGAGCGACACGGCUCAGCAGGAGAUGUACAAGCUCUCCGUGGAAGGCAACAGCAGCCGGCUGCUGCUGCAGCACCACGACCACCUCCUGAGCCACCUGGGCAGCAGGGUGGAGAGUCUGAGCGACCAGGUGAUGGCCAUGAACGGGGCCAUGGACACCAUGAACAGGACCUUCUCCUACGACGUGAACAUCCACCAUACCCGCAUCCAGGACCUGCAGGUGCUGAUCAGCAACGCCACCGAAGAUGCCCGGCAGAUGCGCCUCAUCCACAUAGCCAUGGAGGAGCAGCUGAAGCACGAGCUGGCCAUCCUCAACAACGUGACGGAGGACCUGCGGCUGAAGGACUGGGAGCACUCUGUCGCGCUGAAGAACAUCUCUGUGAUACGGGGGCCACCAGGACCCAAAGGAGACCAAGGCAAUGAAGGGAUGGAGGGUGAACCUGGUCUUCCCGGCCUGCCUGGGCUGCGAGGGCUACCCGGGGAGAGAGGACCACCAGGACCACGUGGCUUGAAAGGGGACCAAGGAGACCUUGGCCCUCCAGGUCCAGUGGGGAUGCGGGGAUUCAAAGGUAAGGACCAGCCUCUGUGCAUGCUCCCAGGGGGGUCGUGGGGUCUGGUUGGGCAGCAAACCGGCUCUGGAGACCACUGGCACGAGGGGCAGAGACACUGGUCACGGGUGUGA